CAUUCGCACCUGCGGUAGUUACUCAGGCGGCUUCUCUGACUGCUGCUAUAUGCCCAUUACUGGUUAUAAGGGGGCAGGGGAUGGGCUAUGGAAAGCCUUGGCGGGCCUCUUAGCAUUCUGGGAAGUGUAGUUCAUCCAUCUCCGCGACUGCCAGAUGUUAAGCGACAAAAUCACACGCAGCUAUGCAUUGUGGGAGAUUGCGUUAGAACGGCCUCAGUUUCCGGGCUGGGAUAAUCAGUAACAUGGGCCAGAAGCUUUUGUGUAAUCAGACUCCUCUCUGCUGUUACCUGGGUCACCUCACUAUGAACCAGCUUGUCUGGUUAGCCUUCAUCUGUAUAGCCAGUAACUCAGCCAAUGAGAGUCCUUGUCCCGAGCUUUUGGCCAGGAGAGGAAUUCUGAAUAAAGGGUAUCACAGGGACUUGGAAACAAGUGUUGUUGUUCAGGGCCCAGCAGAACUGGUGAAACACUGCAGGGUUCUGAUCCAGGAGCAUAUUCCUUCUGGGUUAUAUCUGGAUCCAUAUCAGCUCUCCUCUCUACGGCACCAUAACCUGACUGAGGUUCUGUUGCUGACACCAGUGGAUGUGGAAGCUCCCGAAUACCUGUCCAGGGGCCACACUGCUCUGGUUUAUACCAAGCCAGACCCAUCAUGUGCUCAUUGCUACACCUCGACGGUGCCGCUCCACAUACGCUACCAUCGACCCGCAUCCCAAACUGACAAGGUCUCCAUAACGCUGCAGAACCCCAAAUUACUGCUAAACUGCGGCCAAGAUUUCCCCCCCACAUCUUGCUCGCCCCACUCUGUAACUGAAGCACCAUGUGACCUAAAGGACAAAGAACUGUGCCAAUGGCUGGACUUGCCUUAUACUGCUGACCCAAAUGCACUGAAUCUGGAGGUUCCGGUGGGCCUGGCAGAAGACGGACCAAUAGUGUGCGCUGUGACCCUGAUAGUGACCCUGAUAUGUGCCGGGAUGAUACUCGGUGCUGUGUACCGACACGGCCAACGCUCUGUAUAGUCCCUGGGCUGAGGUCCGGUUCCUGCAGAGCCCCAGCGAGUGAGAGGAUGAGGAGGAGGAUGGGAAGGAGAACUUUCACUUUAAUCUGCAAUUGAGUCCAUGGGGCCCUCUAGGGCCCAGAACAGCAGAUUUAAAAUCCUUAAAUGCUGUCUCACCACAAAUCUGCCCUUUCUGUUUGUGGCCCUAAGCAGCCGGGGCCCCUCCCGUCCCAUAACGUUAAGGAGCAGCUUAUUAAACAGACGCUUCCCAGGGGACUGCCGAUUUUAUCUGCUCCUCCUCCUACUGACUCUGCGGAACCAGAACGUUGGACAGUGAAAGUGGUUUCAAUGUUUGAAAGAAAAAAAAAAAAAAGGAAUAAAAUCCAGAGAUAUUUCUGUAAAACAACGGGCAAA